AUGGGUCUUAUGUCCGGCACCUCCUCAAAUACUCAAGGUAACUCUCCUUCACCAAUGGCCCCCUCUAGAACAUCUGAUUCAGUGUCAGACUUGACAACAGCCACUGAACCUCAAGCUAUGGUGGUGGCUCACAAACUGAAUGGCAGCAACUAUCUCCAAUGGUCUCAAAGUGUAUUAAUGUAUCUUCGUGGGAAGCGUAAGGAGAAGUAUAUCAAUGGAGAAGCAAAACAACCGGCACAUAAUGAUCCUAGUUUUGACACCUGGUUCGCUGAAAAUAAUCAGGUGAUGUCUUGGCUAUGCAACUCAAUGACUCUCGAAAUUAGUGAGGGAUACCUCCUUGCAAGCACAGCCAAGGAGAUCUGGGAUGCUGCUAGACGCACUUACUCUACAUUAGACAACACUGCUGCCUUGUUAGAUCUGAGGAGGCAACUCAAGGAUCUAAAGCAAGGAAACUUGACUAUAACACAAUACUACAGCACCCUGAUAAAGAUAUGGCAGCAAUUGGACCUCUUUGAAGUACAUCCGUGGAAGAAUAUUGAUGAUGCCAAUUACUACAGACAACUAGUUGAAAAAGGUCGAACUUAUGACUUCCUAUUGGGCCUGAAUGAUGUUUUUGAAGAAGUAAGAGGCAGAAUUAUGGGUCUAAAACCUCUUCCAUCCCUAUUUGAAGUCUUCAGUAUGGUUAAGUUCGAAGAAAGCCGAAGACACCUCACUCAAGGUAACCAAACUCCAAUAGAUGGCUCCGCAUUAGUUACAAGAAGUUCCCAAACAUCAGAGAGCUCUGAAAGAAAAGGGAACAAGUGGUGCAAUCACUGUAACAAGAAGGGCCACACCAGAGAUGAAUGCUGGAAACUGCAUGGAAAACCAAACCCAGGGAGACAGAAACAACGACAAGAUGGAAAGAGCCACCACACCUCCUCCGAGGAAAGAAGUGAUGAUGGAGACCACUUUGACCAGAGAAGAACUUCAAAUGCUUCGUAA